AUGCACUGUUCGAUAUCUGGAGAGAUAGCCAGGCAUCCAGUUUUGUCUUUGAAGUCUCGCUUGGUCUACGAAAAGAGCUUGGCCCACACAUACAUCGAACAGAAUGGAACUGAUCCCAUUACCAACGAGCUAGCCAGUGUCGAAGACCUAGUAGAGAUCAGAUCUCCUGUGGAAAUUGACUCCAAUGUAGUUGUUCCCCGUCCCCCAAGUUUUAAUUCGAUUCCCAAUAUUUUAUCCACCUUACAAAAUGAGUUUGAUUCUGUCAUCUUGGAAAAUUUCAAGUUAAAAAAAACGUUGGAUUUUUAUAAACAAAAUCUUUCCAGCUCUUUAUAUCACUACGACGCCUCAUUGAGGGUUAUAAACAGAUAUAGAAAGCAAAAUGAAUAUCUCAGAAAUUCUCUUGUCUCCAUAUUAAAUAAU